AUGGGAAACAAUUUACCUUUAUGCCUUACUAAUGCUCAACCAAAUACAAUUUCGUCUACCACUGAAAACUCAAACAACUUUUGCUUCAUCCCAUCUGUUUCUGUGAUAAACGAUACGACUAAUCAUCAUCCAUUUUAUAUGAACCAGUUUCAAACAAUUAAUUUACCAACAUCAAAGCCAACGAGCACAACCUCAGUUAACCUGGACCAUAGAGCCCCUAGACCUUCAUCGUCCUCUUAUUCAGAUGUAAAAAUGCAAAAAUUUUAUUUACAUUUAUUAAAUAUUUUCAAUUUAUCUAAUAACCUCGAAGUUACAAAUGGAGAAAUCCUAAGUUCAAGCAGAAAUGAUACAACUGAUGGUGUGGCACGAAAGAAUUUGGAAUAUACAGACAAUUUACCAGAAAGUAAACGUCAGCAAACUUCAGAAAAUCUCACUAGUCACAUAGAAAGUAAAGAUAUUGGGUUAAGCAUUAGCAAUAUUUUGAAAAAUCUUCAUAAUUCUUAUUUAAGUGACUGUAUUUGUGGUAGUGACGAGAUUUCAGGAUCAAAAUCUACAAACCAUUUACCCCCAAAUAACUUUACUUCUACGCCAACUCCAAAUAAUUAUUGUUUACCUACAAACAAUUCUUCUCAUCUCUUAAAUAAUAAUAAUAACAUAGAUGACACUAGUACAAUAGUCUGUCAAGAAUCAAUGAACAAAAGUUCAGCUGGAUCAGAUAAACAGAACAAAGAUGAAAAAGAAACGAGAGACUUAUGUCUAAAUAGAACAAUUCAGCAAUUUGAAGAGUACAUGAAAGCCUACAGUUUACAAUCAUCAUUAACCUCAAUUAAGUGUAAUGAAGUUAAUAAUUUAAUCCCAACUGAGAAAUCACCUAAAAAAAGUUUAUAUUUAGCAAGUCCAAAUACUGGUACCAUAUCAGAUAAUGUUCAAUCUUUCUAUAGUACCUUUCCAAUAUGUACCAAGAAUAAUCUCGAUAAAUGGUUUCAUGUUCAAACAAAAGAUCAGCUUCAAUAUUCAAAUGAAAUUUUGUCUCAAUUAAAACCAGACUCUGCAAAUCAAAUUAAUAUCUUCAUUGAUUUUGUAUUUGAGUCAAAUACUUCGCUAACAAGAUAUCCUGGAAGUCAAGCUAUAAUACAGAAAAUGUUCUCAGAAGCAUUUUAUCCAUUGAUUGAAAAACUUUUAAACUGGGUUUCUGGAAUUCCACAUUUUGCUGGCCUAUCUAAACAAGAUCAGAAAAUUUUAUUCUCUCGAACAUGGUUAAAUGUACUGAUGUUAUUCUGGUUAGAAAAUCAACAUAAACAAUUACAAAACUCUUGUAAUCGAACAAACUCUAAAUGUCAAUUUACGGAAAACUGUUGGAAUUUGUUCAUAGAUUUAUGUGAAGAGUAUCGAAAUAUUCAGCCUGAUAUCACUGAGUUAAAUUUAUUGAAAAUGAUUCUUCUCUUCAAUGUGGAUCCAUUAGAAAUAUCCAGAACUGAAAGUAUUGAUUAUAUUCAAAAACAAUUAAGAUUACAAUUAACCCAAUAUGAAUGGAUUACUCAUCCAAAUAAUAUAUCAAGAUGUAAUCACCUUCUACUAUUGAAUGCAUCAAUACAAAAACUGGAUAAAACAAUAUUUAAAGACAACAUUUUUGUUCAAAACACAUCUGAUAGUUAA